UGUUUGUCUGUCUCAUUGUUUGUACCAAUUUUCGAACCCACCGCGCCAUUCAUGGAUGUCAAUGUAAAUACAACAAAAUUGCCUACGGUUGCCGAUCUGUCCAACUGCAAAAGAUAUAUAUUGCUGUUGCCGCUCCAACUGCUUCAACAUGUUGCCCUGCUCUUCAUUGUUUCUUAAGUUUCUUUGGCCCACCGGACAUCUCCAUACCUACUAGGUAUUCAUACCUUUAGUGAACCUACAACAUCAACCCUUAGACAAUCUGCAUUCCUAUUUGAAGAUCAUGGAGUCCAAGUCAGACGCCGUUGCGUUAGCUCCGGCCCCGGCUGGUGAUGGCGGAACAUCAAGCCCAAGUUCUACAUCGAAGACGGUGACAAAGUGUUACAGCAACCAGUGCAGUAGGGCUUGUACCCGAAGUCACUGGUCAGAGCACCCAAAUCGACAUGAUGAACUAGAGGCCAUUCUCGCACGUGCAGCUAAUGUACCAAUCAUCCACCGGUUCAACAAGGAUGACGACGGUGAAUGGGUCACACAUAGCUUCAUUAUUCAAGACGCCUCAAUGAAGGAGAUUUUGCAGCAGGCCCUUACAGGUUACCAGGACCUUGAUUUGUCCCUCGAGAACUAUACUUUUACUCCUCCAUUCAUGCCCUUGUGUCAUCGAUGGGAAGCGCUCCAGGCUUUGCGGCUGAAGCAGAAGGAACCGGCCAUGGCGGUUGCAGCAUUGAAAUUGAUCGGCUUCUUGAUCCCUAUUUUGGCGCCCAAAGUUGACUCGGUGAUCUACACUCGAGAAACCGGAAAAAUCGCGUUUGCCGACAUCUGGCAAGUCUUUGCCCCUGGCACUCUGGUUUUGACAAAGUUUUUCGGGGUCGAGACUAUAUGUCGUGUAACACGUUAUCAGAAACGAAAGAUUGACUCAGGCCCCUACUGGGAGAUUCGCAUGGAGUUUGUUGAUUGGAAUGGAGAGACAUCAGGGUUUUCUACCACCGACAUGAGUAUCCAACCUUAUGAAGGGUAUCGUCAUGUUACCUUGCUCCCCGCGUUCCCAAUCUCAUACUUGAAAGAUGAAGAGAGCUACAGAGCGUCCAUGAUACAACGCGGGAUGAUCUUUGAACGUCUUCGAGAAUUCCACCUCAUGGAAGCCAACGGGACUAGAAUUACUAUCGAAGAGGAAGAACCAGUGCGGCGACCUAUUUCUGGCAGAGUCUGUGUUGAUGCGUGUGCAUAUUACACCAGUUGUGAUAUCACCAAGCCAGCUCUUCGCGCCUUUCCUCGCGUUCGAGAUGAACCUGGCAAUAAGGUCUCUGGGGACCCAGCAGCCCACACUGGGUCCUCUUCUGGAAACACCGAAGAUCAUAUGGAUAUUGAUACCGUUAAUCGGACCAAAGACCCCAAGUUUGCGCAUAUCAGAGUUGAAGAGAAUGUAGCUACAAAGGUCCCUGUGAAGCGAGUCGAAGACCUUGAACCCCUCGAUGACGAACAACGCCUCCUAACCACUCCAUGGGUGAGGGCCUUUGACCUCAAGAGCAAGCAAUGGUGCCAAGUGCGUGUUGAUCAAUUACAACCUGUGGCUUGGAACGACGAGGCCUUCAACAAGCUAGUACUACCUGGUGAUGGAAAACAACUCGCCUGGGAGUUCGUAGAGGCGAGGAGUCUUGCUCAUAGCGAGCAGUUCGAUGAUUUCAUCCCUGACAAAGGCCGUGGGCUUAUAGUUCUUAUGUAUGGGCCACCAGGCGUUGGAAAGACGUUUACAGCCGAGGCCAUCGCUGACAAAGCGCGAGUACCUCUCUAUUCAUUGAGUGCAGCCGAACUCGGGAUAUCUCCGCAUGCGGUGGAGAAGGCACUCGAGCACGCACUAGGCUUGUGUCGAAUGUGGAAUGCUAUGCUGCUGCUCGAUGAGGCCGACGUGUUCCUAGGCGUACGCACUUCCGAUUCUCUCGUGCGUAACGAGCUUGUUGCCAUCUUCUUACGCAAGGUUAAGUACUACCAAGGUGUGAUGUUCUUAACUACAAACCGAGUCGCAAGCAUCGAUACCGCUUUCCAAUCGCGCGUCGAUUUGUUCCUUCCUUAUUACGAUCUCACAAGCGAGGCGCGGCGCGAAGUUUGGCUCAACUUCAUCGAACAUGCUGGUGGCCCCGAUAGAUUUGAUGUAAAACAGGAAACCCUCGAGCAGCUGUCCCAGCUCCCACUGAACGGCCGCGAGAUUAAGAAUUUGAUCAAGUCGGCGCAGUUGCUUUCGCUCAGAGGAGGAGCAAAGGUCUCACUUGAGCGGGUGCACAUGCUUGCUAUGAGGCGUGUACAUGCAUUAGCACAAGCGGGCGCAGACCAAGUAAAUAGUCAAGCGCCAACUACUGGGUCUAAGAGGCAAUUGGUUAAUAUGAGUUAGCUAUGAAUGUCGCUGGUAUGGCAGGGGAUAACUCUUGAGAGUAUCGUUCUUCCGUCCAGAUUUUCAUUCCCAGGCAUGGCAUGAACCAGGGGCAGAGAUAUCUCCCACACACUUCACUUAUCUUUCUAUAGAUGGUGAUGCGAUUGUCAUGUUUUGGGUAGUUGGUAGGGAAGAAUUAAUUCCGAGGAUAGCGAAGGCAGCAAUCUAACCUUAGACCCAACGCCAAUAGAUAGUUAUUAGACAACCCGCAAUCAAAAUUCUUCGUAUCAUUCCGA